AUGGCAGCGCCCGUGUGUCAUGUGUCAGCUGUCAAACACAUAACACGCCGAUUUUUGUCAUGUUCGGUGGCAUUACAAAAGACUGGUCUGAAAAAAUCAAAAGGAAAUCAAUCUUCCAACAACUGGCUUCAACGGCAAUUGAACGAUCCGUACGUAAAGAGUGCACAAACUGAACAUUUCCGAUGUAGAAGCGCCUUCAAGCUACUCGAGAUCAACGAUCGCUUCAAGAUAAUACGUCCCGGUGACACAGUAAUUGACUGUGGGGCAGCGCCUGGUUCUUGGUCACAGGUUGCAGCUAGGGCAAUUAAUAAAAAGGAUGGUAAUACAAUGGACGGCAUGAAAGGUUCUCAAACAAGACAGAAUGACAGAGAUGGCAUGGUGAUCGGCGUCGACCUUCAGGAGGUUGAACCAAUAGAAGGAGUCCUCAUGUUUUCUGGACACGAUUUCACUUCGCCAGAUACUCAACAUAAAAUCCUUAACACUCUCGACAAUAUGUAUGCCAAUGUUGUUUUAAGCGACAUGGCACCAUCGGCGUCGGGAAAUAAGGCGUUUGAUCACGAAAGAAUUUCAAAAUUGUGUCUUUCGGUGCUUAAAUUCUCUUCGCAAGUUUUGGCAAAUGACGGACACGUUGUCUGUAAACUUUGGGAUGGAUCUGAACGGAAAGAUCUUUUAAAAGUUAUGGAGAGAAUGUUUAGAACUGUGAAGGUGAUAAAACCAGACGCAAGCAGAUCCGAUUCUGCGGAAAUUUUCCUACUUGGAAUGGAAUUUUAUCUUCGGAAAUAGCGGCAGAUAUAGUAUGAGAUUUAAAACAAAUAACCACGGACCUAUAAACAGGUCCGUGAAAUAACUGAUCGCAAGAACACGAAAACACAUUUUUCUUUAGCAUAUUUUGUGUUGUAAAUAAAGUGAACCUUUAAAAGGUAGUUAUUUAUGUAUUAAAUUAUGAUAUUUA